GGGGGGCAGCGGGAAAGGGCCGAGCGGGGAAAGGAGCCCGAGCCCACGGGAGGGGCCCCGGGCGGUCCGCGCUGAGGGCGGCGGUGCCGUCCCGCUGUGCCGCGAGCUGAGGCGGAGGGAAGAGAGCGGCGGGAGUGAGCGGGGAGCUGUGCUGAGUGUCCUCCUGCGGGAGAAGGGACGGGCAGCGCGGGGACGGGGCGGGGAUGGCAGCGAGAGCGUUGGAAAGGCAGCAGCCCGGAGCGAGCUGCGGGCGGGCGCUGCACAGACGGAGAGCACGGCACUCUCACUCUCCAUUGGGAUGGUUUGGGUGUCAUUUCCACCAUUUGAGGACCUUGAAGUGCCACAUAGGGCUGUGUUGGGGUCAUUUGGGGGCUGUGUUGGGGUCAUUUGGGGGUUUCUUGGAAGCCAACUGUGUCCAUUUUAAGGCCAACCAGGGCUGUUUCAGUUCAUUUUGAGCUGUUCUGGGGCCUUCUGUGUCACUUAUUGAUAUUUCGGGUCAACUGCGGUGCCUCGCGGAUCCAUUCCGAGUGGUUUUGGGGCCAUUCUCAUGUCUCUGGAGCCAUUCCUGGGCCUUGUGUGUCCGUUUGGGCCCGUCUCACAUCUGCCUGGGUGACUUUGAGGCGGUUUUGGUCUAUUAGGUCUGAUGUGGGGGCGCUGUGGGGGAAGUUUCUGUGUGUUGUGUCUCUUUGGCACCAUUUCUAUGAUGCGGCGGGGACGGGGCUGGGUUGGCAGCGAGAGCGUUGGGAAAGCAGUAGCCCGAAGCGAGCUGUGGGCGGGCGCUGCACGGACAGAGAGUAAGCAACUAUUUUUAGCUGCAUGCAGAGCGGGAGAGGGCACUGUUGGAUGGAUGUCUGUUCCGCUACAGCGCGCGGGUCACGUGCAUUGCUUCUGCUCUGCCCCGGCUCGUAUCAGCAGCAGUGCGGGCAGCAGAGCAGGAGGUGCCCGUCCAUCUGUGUGGCGCUGCUGGGGCCGCAGCUCAGUGCUGCGCUCCGCGUUGGCCCCUCACUGCCAGAGAGACACUGUGGCCCUGCAGCGUGUCCAGAGAGGGGAGCGGAGCUGUGGGGGUGCGGAGUCUGCAGCACAGCGCCGUGGGGCUGCAGUACAAAGUGAUCGGGUUUGGUGGGGAAAUAGCGGCGCUACGGUGGACGGUCGCGCCGGAGGAUGUUGGAGGUCUUUUCCAGCCGUGCUGACUGUGUGACUCAUGAACUGCUCUCUGUCUGGCCAGGCUCCGGAUGCAGUGAGCUGAGACAGAACAGGCGCCGCGUGCUCUGCGUGGCUUUGUGUGCAGUGCCGUGCAUCCUUGUUUCGGCGCAUGUGGCCGUGAUAGUGCUCCAGCGUCCGUCGUGCUCACCUCGCCCACCCUUCUCCCACGUGUGCCCCAACGCCUGGGUCGGUUUCCAAGGGAAAUGCUAUUAUUUCUCGGACACGGAGAGCGAUUGGAACAGCAGCAGGGAGCAGUGCCACCGCCUCGGAGCUUCCCUGGCCACCGUAGACACGGAGGAGGAGAUGGGAUUCAUCCUGCAGUACCACAGCCCGGAAGACCACUGGAUUGGGCUGCACAGGGCAGAAGGGGACGAGCACUGGACAUGGGCCGAUGGCAGCGCCUUCAGCAACUGGUUUGAGCUGCGAGGCGGAGGCCAAUGUGUGUACCUGAAUGGGGACCGGAUCAACUCAACCCUCUGCCACAGCGAGAAGUUCUGGGUGUGCAGCAGAGCCGACAGCUACGUCCUCUGGAGGAAGGGGACAAAUCCGCAGUGACGGAUCCCAUCCCAGGCAGCUCGUGCCAACGCUGCUGGGCACUCCGUGCCAUCCGUGUGUGCUGGAGUCCGCCUCUUUCCAGCACUGCUACACUUGUGUUUCUUGUAUGGACUCUGCCAGCUGUGCUGCUCGCUGUCUCUCAGGAAACACAUCUGUUGCACUGUGCCUUAAAGGGGGGUCCUUUGGGGGUCCUUACAGAUCAAAUCCCCAUGGUACGGUUGGGUGUGCAGUUGACGAUCGCUGCCGCCGACCCCUGGAGCUGCCAGGACCUGGAGCAGCGCAGCCAGCAGUGUGAGCACAGCACAGAGCAGUGCUGCGUCCCGCGGGGCUCAGCUGCUAUUUGGUGCUCCUGUUUCCCAUUGGAUUCUGCGCAGUUCUCUCCACUUACACUAUUACCGUGAUCGUUGUUUUUACGAUUAUUGUUACUGGAAGUCUUCCUAUCCUUAUGUUCUGCAUUAUUUCCUUUACUGUUUCUACUCCCAUUUAUUAACAGUCCCUGCCACAAUUCCCCUCCUUUUUAUCACUCCAGUGGUGCUGUUAUUAUUUGACCCAUCAGUAUUAAUAAUGUUUGUAAUUAA